AGGCUGACAUUUAAGUCUGCUGAUGAAAUUAAGCGUUGACGCAGGCGCACCUUGACUAAUAGGAAACCGAUGCGCACACGGCACCGGGUGAGGGCUUUAUAAACGCGCUGGGUACCGGGAUCAGGAGUAGUCCACCAGACCUCCAACAGAGACCAUCUCAUCUUCUCAGCGUCCAGACUCCAAAAAAACAAAAAAACAUGAACGGCCACUGCAACGACACCGUGGAGGAGUGCCACUGCAACAACGGCUUCAGCGACCUCAUCAUAGACACCAAGAAGUCCGCCGUGCACCGCAAACACGAGACGUCCCGCAAAGAAGCCGAGGACAAAUCCCGCUUACCUGCGAUCGAAGCCGCCUACACGAGCAUCCUCCGGGAGCUCGGAGAGGACACGGACCGGCAGGGGCUGUUGCGCACGCCGCUGCGCGCUGCCAAAGCCAUGCAGUUCCUCACCAAGGGCUACCAUGAGACCGUGGACGACAUCUUAAACAAUGCCAUAUUUGAUGAGGACCAUGACGAGAUGGUGAUUGUGAAGGACAUAGACGUGUUUUCACUGUGUGAACAUCAUCUGGUGCCAUUUUUUGGCAAGGUUCACAUCGGGUAUAUUCCCAACAAAAAAGUGGUGGGACUCAGCAAGCUGGCAAGGAUUGUGGAGAUCUUCAGCCGGAGGCUUCAGGUUCAAGAGCGUCUGACCAAGCAGAUCGCCCUGGGAAUAUCAGAGGCUCUGCAGCCAAAAGGUGUAGCUGUGGUUAUUGAAGCAGCGCACAUGUGUAUGGUCAUGCGUGGCGUCCAGAAGAUGAACAGCCGCACAGUGACGAGCACCAUGUUGGGAGUUUACCUAGAGGAUCCCAAAACCCGGGAGGAGUUCCUGACUCUUUCGCAGCACGCCUAACAAACACCAUUCAUUCCCGAGCCUCCAUAAUCAGCAGCACACAGACAGCUCUAGAGUUACCGGUGGGUCUGCAUAUGAUGCCAAUCCAAGCCAACUCUGGGGCUCAUUUCAGGGCUAAACAGAGUUCAGUCCUGCUGCAGAAAGUGAAAUCACUGUGAACAUAAUAGGAAAUACAAGACUCUACCACAUUCUUGGUGCCUUUGGUAGAUAUUUCAUAAUCGUACAUGGCAAUAUUGUUGUUUUAAAGUAUGAAACUUAAGUGCAAUGUUGUAUUGUGACAAUAUUUCUUUUUUUUUAAUGGGAAAUUCAAUGGUGCUCUUACACCUUUCCCUGCUUUUAUUAUUUAGAAUCAAACAAUUUAAAAUAAUUUAACAAACUGUGUCAUUUAUAAAUGCAUUUAUAAAGUCUUUGUAAU